AUGCUGCUGGCCCUCCCUUCGUCGGCUAGCUUAGUGACGACCACGCCGGCCGCCAUCCGGCCCGUGCUGCGCCCUCGGGCACAGCUGCUGGCGACCCGCACGGCACUCGGGCCCGCAGACCUCGUCAGCGAACCCACAAGCACCGCCUCGGGCUCGGCCGCCUUCUCGUGGGAGGCCAACUGGUAUCCCGUCAUGCCUGUGAGCUAUGCCGACCCCGUGCGAUGGCUGAUGUGCCGCUUCCACGGCUGGCGCUUCGACGAUGCCGGCAACUGCGUCGAGGUGCCCAAUGCCGAAGCUGGCGCCGCAGCCUCGCUUUGCGGGGCACCAGAGACGUGCGCUACCAGCUACCCAGUGCGGGAGGUCUCGGGGCUGCUGUGGGUCUGGCCAGAGGCUGGGCUGGAGGGGCUCGGCCGCAGCCUGCUCGAGGAGCCGGUGGCGCUGGGGAGCGGCGCGCAGGACUGGGUGAUGACGGUGCCUCCGGUGUCGUACGAGUCCAUGGUGGAGAACUCGAUGGACCCCAGCCACGCGCCGCAUCUGCACGAGGGGACAUUCGCGGCGUCAGACAUGGUGCCGCUCACCGACUACUCGGCCCCCGCCGAGCCGCUGGGAGACGAGGGGUUCACCGUUGCGCACGGGGGCUACACGACCAAGAAUGACGGCAUGAAGGCUACGCGAACCUUCCGAUCCCCGAGCUUCGUGGAUGUGAACUACGAGCUCCCGUCGGGCAAGCAGCAGAACUUCCAGCUCUUCUUCGUCCCCUCGACGCCCUUCGAGACGCGUGUGAUCACGGGGCUGGGGCUGCCGCAGCUUCCUGUGUGGCUGCCCAAACGCGAGCUGCUGGCAGACCUCCUGCACGCAUUCUUCUUCUCGCGCAGUGCGCUGUGGCGGUUCAACGACCAGGACCGACUGGUGAUGCAAGGGCAGGACCGCAACCAGGCGGCCGAUCCGGACCGGCGGCAGGCAGCAUGGGACGUCGCGACGCCGUCGGAUACGGGCGUCUCGACCUUCCGCAAGUGGCUGGCCGAAGUUGGCGGCGGCGGUCCCUUUGCCAGCAGCGGGGCCGCGGCUUCGCUGCCCACGACACAGGAGGAAGUGAGCCGUUGGAACGUGCACGGCAAGCACUGCCCCUCUUGCAAGCGCGCGCUGGCGCUGCUCGAAGGCACGCAGGCCGCGCUGGGUAAGAUGGCGCUCUUUGCGGCUGUGGCGGCGGCGGCACUGGCCGUAGCUGGUCGGCUGGCCUCCGGCAUCGUCGCCACAGCCGCCGCGGUGGCGCUCUCGGCCGGGUCGCGGUGGGCGGCUGGCGGGAGGGCCGCCUUCUUUGGGAUGGAGCGCGAGCUGUGGCUGCCUCAAGUUUACGCGCGGUGA